AUGCAUCAUUCAUCACCAUUGUCCAAUACGAAUCAUCUUCCAAAAAAUGCCAACACUGAUAGUGACAACGAAAGCAUGUCGUCCAAUGGCGACGAUGACUUGUCCGUUCCACCUGGUGCUUCUACCUCGCCCCUCAGACAACAGCCCCGUUCAUCAGUCUGUUCUAUCACUCGCUCUGCAACUAGCAUGAUCGGUACUGCAGCAGCUUCAGUCGUUACCUAUACCUUAAUGAACACUGCUAAUCCUGAUUCUGAUCAACGUCCUAUGAAUGCAGCUGUCGCAUUAGGAGUAGGAGUUGCUGCCAAUGUAGUUUUAAACACUAAGCUUCUCGAACCACUUGUGACUAAAUUGGAUCAAUGGAUUGCGGAAGGUAUGCAGCAGUUCCAGCGUUGGUCUCAAGAUCAAAACGAUUUGGCUGCUCAACGCUAUAAUCACAAGAGCCUCGAAGAUCGAAUUUGGAAUGCUCUAGUUACUAAUAAAUUCAAAGUGGCCGCUAGUGGAAUUGCAAUUGCAGGAAUUACUGUUAAAUGGAGCCAAAUUAUCGAAUUCAUCUGUAAAUAUGCUCCUGACAGUUGCUCUGAAUGUCUUCGGAAAGUUAUCAAUCUGCGCAGCCAAAUCGAGACCAUUAUCAAUUCGCCGGCCUUUCUGACCGCUAAUGUGGCUGUUUCUCUAACUAUAGCUGCUUAUGGUCUUUAUAUUGCCUAUGGUGCGAAUCAACAGUUCAAAGAAUUGAACAAAAUCACAUUCGAGCCAGUGAAGAAGGAUUUUGAUGAAGCCAUCAGCAACUUGAUUGCAGCUAUUCAAAGUUCGAACAUAAGCACAGCUAGAAUCAGAGCCGCUUUUACUCGUCUUGAACUAGCCAACAUCACAGCACAAGAUAAAUUACAAUCAACCAUACGUCAGGUGAUAUAUCAUCACAACAAAGCUUUGCAAAGAAAGGAUAGAGUCGAUUUGGCUGGUCAUGUUGCUCUGGGCGCCAGCAUUUGUUUAGGAGCAGGCGCAUUAUACUCAGGAGCUCAAGCUGUGAAAGGGGCAGGAACAGCGCUUGCGAUUGCAAAGGCUACUUUAGCUAAUCAAUCUGUAGCUUUGUCGUUUCUCUUUCUUACAAGCUAUGGAACUUGCAAGUUCGGGUCACGUCAGUGCCAACUCGUCAUUGAUAAAUGUGAGGAACUGCAAAGAGAAGCAAAGGAAACAACGCAGCACAUCGCACGGGCACAUACUAAUGCAAAAGAGGAAUUGGAAGUUUUGCUUGAAAGGACACAAAUACACAAUUAG